AUGGCGUCCUCUCUCAUUACAAAGCGCUUCUUCUCCUCUUCUCUCCUCUCCAAGUCUAUCAUUCGUCCCGCCGCUUCAGCCUCUCGCUCAAAAUUCUCUUCCCCUCGUACCGCGCGUCGUGACGAUAUCUUCUCAGACGUGCUGGAUCCGUUUUUCCCUACUCGGAGUUUGAGCCAGGUUCUGAACAUGAUGGAUCAGUUCAUAAGCUUCUUGGCUUCCGAGAAUGAUAUAAAAUCUUCUCUUUCAUUACCAUUGUUGAUACCCCCACCCGCAAUUGAAGUUGAUACACCCCUCUUUAUUUGA